AUGAGAAGUGUGGCUUCUUUUGGAACCGGGAGCAUCUCCACCGCCUCUGACCCAGACACUGUCACCACACCGGAGUCUACUGGCUUGACAGCUUUCGACUUUCUUUUCGAUGAAAAACACGUCAGAGGCCCAAAUGGCCCUCAUUUGUUCCGGUUGUCCGAGUCGGAUACCAUCUCCGCCAUGGAUGUAGUUCCGAUGGCCCAGGAAACACCCAUCAGUACAACCGGCCCGUUUCACCACAGAGCCUCGAAAUUCGACCCCUAUAGACGGGAUACGCCGGUUCCAAACGGCUCAACAGCACCAACCCCUGAGCCCCGGCAACCUGUACAACGCCAACAAUCCUCGCAUGUUGCUCAGCUGGCUUCAGUGCCUAUCCAGAUUGAACCUCGUGAUUGGACACCUUUUCAAGUGAAGGGUUGGUUGCAAAGCCUCAAUUUUGAGGAUGAUGUUGUUGAGAAGUUUUUCGAAAAUGACAUCUCCGGCUCCAUUAUCCUGGAUCUCGAUUACAAUUUCCUCUUCAAAGAGCUUGAAAUCAAGUCUUUUGGCAAGCGAUACCGCUUGAUGAGCUCUAUCGAUAGUCUCCGGGGCGGUGGUGUGUCUAUGAGCAGUGACACUCACUCUGCACGUUCACGCAAUUCAAGUGUUGCUAGUGGCAUAGAGUCUACCCCAAAUGCGUCCUAUGUUUCAGGAAAUGGCCACACAUCAUACUCGACUGGCGGGAAAUAUGUACCUGACGCGAAGCCUCGUCCGCGUCGUCAAAGAUCCGACAGCGAAGUGAGCAAGAGGAAUGACCUUCUUCCUGAUGACUCCGUCUCAAUCGUGGCGAUUGAACAGGGUCUGCCAAAGGUGCACAAGUGCAAGAAAGGAGAAGCAUGCAAAACAUGGCAGAAGCAACAGAAGUGGUUUGCACUUGUUGCACAGGACCUGCCGCUUGAGUCUCUCGGGCCCAGAUGCAUCGUUGCAGGUGACCCAGGAAACCCUAAGACGGCACCAAAUCUCCUCAAGUCGCCCAUGUCUCAGGUUACUCCCUCGCUUGUCGCAUCCUCUGAUCUCAUGGGGCCUCAACACCCCUCUUUCCAGCUUUCGCAAGAAAGACUGAAAGACGUGCAACCAAGGGACCCUCAGGAGAAUGUGCGAAACUUCUUGAACUUCCAGAGUCUUGACCGCUUGCAGACAGUUGAUCAGCCAGCCACUCCACCAACUGACCAUCUUUCAUCCCCUGGAUCUAAUUCCCCCGACUCAGCAAAGAUAACACCUACGCUGGCUGAUCAUCUGCGUCACUUGCCGAAACUCCGAAUUCCUAGUAUGCAUGACUCCAGUGAGGGUUCAGUCAUCACGGAGAACAUGUCGGAGUUACGUACUGUCACGCCUUCUAUUCUGUCUAGAAGAAACCAGUUCAAUGACAGAACCGCUAUCCCUGGAGAACAGCAGUCCUUUUCAAGCGGAGCUAUCGCGUCUCCCGGGGACUUCUACAGACGUGAUCCUUGUUAUCGCUCGGAGACCCCUCUUUCGGAUAUUGAUGUGCCAGUGACUGCCGUUCCCAUAGGUCCGGUGGCACGAGAAGAUUCUCAGUCAGUGCCACCCAACAUGCGGUUCGGAAACGAAAGAUAUUUUAUGGCGGAUCCAAUCAUUCGGCCAUCCUCAAGCAAAGCGGAAGGUCAUCGGCGGUACCCUUCUAUUCAUAAUGUUGCCACCCUGAACCCUCUCAAGGAGGGGUAUGCCAUGAGUCCAAUCGAGACUCCAGAGGACCUGCAAAACACACCUCGGGCACCCCAGUUCCGCAACAACGCCUUGUUCCCCUCUACUAGACGAGGAGAAGGUGACGUGACACACAGUGGGUGGAUGAAGAAGCGCAAGACCACCAAAUUGAUUCGUCAUGAUUGGGAAGAUCACCACUUCACUCUGAAGGGCACUCAGCUUGCAAUGCACGACAAUGAAGCAUCUGCCCGUCUGGAGUCCAAGGCCCUCGAGUAUAUCGAUGUCGAUGACUAUGCAGUCGCUUGUUCCUCAUUUGCCUCGAGGUCUAAGCUUACGGCGGCAUUCAAAAAGACCGUCCUCAAACGAAAUGAAAACCCACUUAAUGCGUCGGCCUUUCAGUUCUCCUUGAUUCCUACACCCAACGGCAGCGCCAUUAUUGACCGAAAAACCUUGUUUUUGAACAGUGGAAAGUCACACCAUUUUUCUGUCAAGACCCGCGAUCAACGCAUUGAUUGGAUGCGAGAGCUUAUGCUGGCCAAAGCUCUCAAGCGUGGUCGAGACACUGGGGCUGAGGUCACCUUCAAUGGAGCUAACAUGAUUUAA